AUGUCUGAAUCAUAUCACCAGAAUCACCGAAGAUCCAGUGCUGUAUCUCUGUCUGAUAAAAUAGUAAUAGCGUGCUGUGGCAAAGUCUGGACAUUUCAGAGGAGAGAUACUGAGUUUCGGGCAUUUGUGAAGAGAUUUCUAAUGAGUCGUCUUUUCAGAAUCACUAUGAUUAGCACCAUUUCUAUGAAUGCCAUUUUUGUGGUCUUAUGGGCUAACUUUACUAUAAGACUCAAAUUUUACAAAGUGUUUGAGGUGGGAGAGGUCAUCUUUGUGUCCAUCUAUAGUGCCGAGUUCUAUGCAAAGCUCUAUGUAGACCCCAUCGGUUAUUGGAAAGACGGCUACAACGUGUUAGAUAUGUUGGAAAUCAUCAUUCUCAGCAUCCCCUUUACUCUCAAGAAGAUCAAGGGCAAGCACUAUCCCUACCUCAACGUUGCUCAUGGUUUACAGUCUCUGCGCAUCCUCAAGCUCAUUAACUAUAGCCGCGGUAUGCGGACCCUCAUCAAUGCCGUGGGACAGACCGUCUUCUCUGUGGCCUCUGUGCUCUGCAUGUUCUUCAUUCUGAUGUACAUCUUUGCUAUCCUGGGCUUCUGCCUGUUUGGAUCAUCAGAUAUGGGUGACCAGAAAAACUGGGGGAGCCUGGCCCUGUCCUUCUUUACCCUCUUCAGCUUGGCCACGGUGGAUGGCUGGACAGACCUGCAGGAGCAGCUGGAUGCACGGGGCCUUUACUUCAGCCGGUUCUUUACCAUUAUCUUCAUCUCACUUGCCUCCUUCAUCUUCCUCAACAUGUUUGUGGCAGUGAUGAUCUUCCACACUGAGGAUUCCAUCAACAAAUUUGAGCGGCAGCUGAAGAUUGAGAGGCAGGUAACAGUCAUGGAAGAGAAGCAGGUGAUUGUGAAGCAGCAGCAGGAGACCAUUAACAUUCUGAUGCAGGCACAGAAUAUUGACUGCAGAUGCUUCAGUAAUCUGGUGAAGGACUUCAAGAGUACCCUGAAGCAUGAUGACCCCAUGGUUUUGGAUGAUUUUGGCACCAGCCUCCCCUUUAUUGGUGUCUACUUGGCUACUUUGGACAACCAGGACAAGACCAUCUACAAGCUGCAAAAGCUGUACUAUGAGAUCGUGCAUGUGCUGAAACUGAUGCUCGAAGAAAUGCACAGGAAGGACUCCCAGUCGUAG